AUGGGACGGAAGGGCCGGAUACAGGUCAUGGCGAAAGCACGACCGGAGACGCUGCUUGAUGAAGCGGCCGAAGUAGGAUACGAGAACCGGUCACCUGGUGGGAGGGUGCCGGAAGAAGCGCCGUCGGGUCAGUUUAGGGCUUUCGGUGCAGGCUCGUCGGACGUCGCCCGCGCAGAACCAUUCUCGGCAGCAGUCGAGCUCGUGACGCCCUCGGCCUCGUGCGUGUCCCACGGCACAGGCGUACCGGGCGGCGGCAUGCGCGCAGCGUGCGCGAGGUUCGCCUUGGCGCGCUCAACCUCCCUGGCGCGCCUGCCCUCCUCGGCCCGCAGGCGCCUGCCCCGGGCCGCAGCCGUAGACCUCGACGCCGGGCGCCGGGCGUCAAUCGUCCGUCCGUCGCGCGGGGAGGGCCUCUAA